GAAGUUUUCUGCCAUCUCUCCAGGAGAGGACCCAAGUGGAGCUGUUUCCCAUGGGGCUGGUGCAGUGCUUGGGGGCUGCUCUUGUCCUUGUCCUGGGUUUGAGCAGCAGCCAACGAGUGGUGACCAUUCAAAGGGGGCCGCUUUACCGAGUGAGGGGCUCCCACAUCACCCUGUGGUGCCGGGUGAGCGGCUACCAGGGGCCGGCGGAGCAGAACUUCCAGUGGUCCAUCUACCUGCCGUCAGCCCCCGAGCGUGAGGUGCAGAUCAUCAGCACCGCCGACCCCUCCUUCCCCUACGCCAUCUACACCCAGCGCGUACGCAGCCGGGAGAUCUACGUGGAGCGGCUGCAGGGCGACGCUGCCCGGCUGCACAUCACUGAGCUGCAGGACCACGAUGCCGGCGAGUAUGAGUGCCACACACCCACCACCGAUGAGAGGUACUUUGGGAGCUACAGUGCCAAGACGAACCUCUCGGUGAUCACAGACACACUCUCAGUUUCCAUGGGGCCCCAGAUUCUCACCCGUGCUGAAGGGGACUCAGUAGAGCUCACCUGUGAGGUGUCGAAGUCCACCAGCCAGCACACACAUCUCUCUGUUGGCUGGUACCAUCUUCAGGGAGCAGGAGACAGCCAUACUGAGGAGAUCCUUACCCUGUCCAAGGAUUUUGUCUUGAGGCCAGGGGCCUCUUACACGCAGAGAUUUCUGAUGGGGGAUGUGCGGCUGGACAAGGUUGGGAACACCACGUACAAGCUCUCCAUUAGGGGAGUGAAGCCAUCUGAUCAAGGCCAGCUAUACUGUGAGGCAGCUGAGUGGAUUGAGGAUGCUGAUGAGACAUGGAAGGACAUCUCCCGGAAGCAAACGGAGAAGGCAUCACUGACAGUCACAAGCCUAGGUGAAGAUAUCCACGUGACCAUUGUUGCUGCUGAAAGCUCCCUUUCUGAAGGUGACACCUUGCAGCUAAAUUGCUGUGUGGGUGCCCAGGACAGCCGCAACAGGCAAUUCCAGGUGAUUUGGCUCCUCAACAGCACUGAAGUGGCCAGGGUUGAUCCAAGUGGAGUGCUGAUUUGGAAGGAGGAAUAUGAGGAGAGAGCCAGGCUGGGGCAGCUCCAAGCUUUCAAGCAAAGCAACACAGUUUAUGUCCUCACUGUAUAUGAGGUGGGGCUGAUGGACAAAGGUGUGUACAGCUGUUUGAUUUCAGAGGUGGAGAAGGCUUCUGGAGACUUUCAGAGCAUCCAGACCAAGCUGUCAUCUGGCUUCCGAGUCGAUGUGAAGCCAAUAGAAAGCAGCAUGCACCUGUCCAUGUCCACCAGCACAGCACAGAUAGUGGCAGGAGAUGCUUUGAUCUUCCUUUGUGAGGUGCAAGGAACAACCAACCCUCUGUCUGUGCGGUGGUGGCACCUGCAGCAACAUCAGGGCCCACCAACUCUUGUGGCCACCAUGGAGCAAGAUGGCUCGCUGACCCUGGGCAGUGCCUACCGGGACCGUGGUGCACAGGGGAGUAUCAGGCUGGAGAAAGCAGGCUCCAGCGCUUUCACUCUGGUGAUCUCCAACACGUCGGCCCCAAGCGAUGGCGGGUCUUACAGGUGUGAAGUGGUGGAGUGGUCCCGAGGCAAGAGCUGGAUGCAGGCAGAGGAAACCACGGUGACUGUCAGCCCUCUUGAUCUUGGUUUGCGUGCCGUGCUGAUAAGCCGAACUGCCACCGUCAAGUAUACUCAGAGUUUUGAACUCUUCUGCCAGCUGAGUGCCAGCUAUGCCCUUGAGGAGGUGCCAGUGUCUGUGAUAUGGCAGUUCCAGCCCAGCCGACCCACAGGAGACUAUCACGAGCUGGUCAGAGUCCUUCCUGGAGGCACCGUGGCAUGGGGGACGGCCCAGCCACACUUCCCGAAGAAAACCCAGUUGACAAAGGCUGCCUUUUCCUCCAGGCUGCUGAUCCACAGUGCCACAGCAGAUGAUGAGGGCACCUACAGAUGUGAGGUGGGGGUCUGGAGCAGAAGCUCCUUGCCGCAGGGAGAGCCGGCCGCUGCUGUGACGUCCAAUGCUGUGGGGAUAAAGGUUACUCUGCCAGAAAGCAAGCUUCAGGUUGCUACCGAAGAGAGCUCUGUGGAGAUUGCUGGCAAUGCCGAUGCAACCAUUGAAUGCAGAAUCUUGUUUGCCCAGAAAACUGUUCAGCUGGCCGUGACCUGGUACUUCCUACCACCUCCUCCGGCAGAUGCAACCCCGUUGCAAAUUGUAAGGGCCAACUACAGCAACAUACUGGAAUACGGGGCUGAGUUCAGCUCUUUGACACACAGGUCCAGAUUCCAGAGCCAGAGGGUCUCCAGCAACGUCUUCUGGCUGCAGAUUUUGUCUGCCAACCAUGGAGACCAGGGCAGCUAUUAUUGUGUGAUAGAAGAGUGGCUCUGGCUGGUAGAUGGCUGGUACAAACUUGGAGAGGGGCAAUCAGGAAGGACCACGCUGGAAUUUAAGCUCUCAGAGAGCAAACUGGACAUGGAAAAGACUAACUGCAGCAUCUCGGUGAGGAAGGGCACCGAGGUGACGGUGGGCUGCCUGUUGCGGGGGGCACACUCGCCUGCCUCCCGUGUCUCUGCCAUCUGGUUCCACGGGAAGGAUCACUCCAGUGUGAAGUCUCUGCUGCACCUCCACCGCGAUGGCACGGUGGAUUACAUUCAGGAGAGCCUGGCAGGCAGGCUGCACCUCCGCCGCCCUGCUGCUGGUGACUUCAGCCUGACACUGCAAAGUGUGGAGGAAGGUGAUGCUGGGGUCUAUUAUUGCCAGGUGCAGGAGUGGCAGCAGGACAGCAAGGGGGAGGCCUGGGCUCUGCAAGCAUCGGCGCUCUCGGGGUACACGAGGCUCACUACACUUCCGCCAGAGUCAACUGUUUUGUCCAGGAUCUGCUCAUCUCCACCACUGCUGAACUUCAUCCUAUAUUUACCUUUGGUUCUCAUCCUUCUCCUGCCCAUUGCUGGCUUCUACUGGUACCUCAAAUUCAGGAAGGUCAGAAAGGAUAACAUCAAAGACGACCAGCUGGUAGAAUUGCAAAGGACCGAAGAUGUCAAGCAAACUUAGCUGAUCUAUACUCAAAAAUGUAACUUAGAGGAGUGGAGUUGGACUGUGUGAGGGGGACUGAAUGCUUUCAGUGGGGCUUUGUAUUGUUUUUCAGCUUAGCAAACAGGAUCUUCAUAAUGGGUGUUUCUGUCUCUCAGGUUAGACACCCACCCAUCUGACACCCUGUUCAUUGUUGUACAUGUGAGAUCCUUGCAAUAGUUAUACACAUCUCCCCACAGUCCCAGUGUGAAAGGAAGUGGUGAUGUUCUCUUACAGGUAUAAGAGAAUAAUGGCUGCCUUUGAGCUGGGGCAUGAAAGUAUGGAAUUGUUGCUUGUUUUGGGAGACUUGACAAAGCAUGAGCAGCGAGCAGACUAAAAACUAGUGGCAGAGCUGGAAAUUGACCAUUGCUGUCCUGCUUAAGGCAUUGCGCUUGCCUUUGUGCAUCCCUUGUUGGUGCCAGUGAAGCUUCCAGAUCCUGGUCUCUUCUAGUUCUGGAAAAGCCAAAGAGUGUCUUCUCCAAAAGAGAGAGAGUCUUCAUUACGAACCUGCCACAAAAAGGCGUAGCCUGAGCAAGUCUACCUGGGUCUGAAGAAAGUCUGUGUCAGGAACACCACAGCUAUCCACCAAAGAGAAACUCUGUUGACCUAGCAAGGGCUCUACAUGUAGUCUAGGUCCAACACCAACCCAUCUUGGAGGCAGCCAUAUAACUGGGUGAGAGUAUAAAGUCUUCACAGCUCCUUCCUUUGCUGUGACUGCUGCAGGAGAAGGCGGCAUCCAGCCCCUCAUGACUUUGCUAUCUGUGGGUCAGUGAGCUGUACAGUUGGGACCUGCAGAGCUUGUACAACCUCUGGGUUGUACUAUGUAAUAUAUUGGCUGCAAGCAGGACUGCCUUUGUCUGUAAAGGGUUAUAUGCGUAAUGUAGUAGUUGAGUAAACUGGGGGCACUUCUCAAAUUGAGCUUAGCUGCUGCAGAGCUGGUACCAAGCCCUUGACCGCCUGGAGAGCAGUUCUGGCAGCCUCCUGGGUUUGUCUUACGGUCCUGCAGUAUGGAAAGGGUGUAAAAUCCCAAGGGUUCUCACCUGCCUAUAGAGGAGGACCUACUUGUCUGUGUGCUGGACAGGUAGUGAAUCCCCACGCUCUCCUUCCUGGAAAGGUGCCUUCCUAAAUGUGUGCCUCUUACGCUAGCUGCAAUACCAUGUGUAUCCUUGUUCCCUGCUGUGGCUGGGUCAGGGGGAAAGACAGGAUCAACAGGCUCUUACUGCUAUCGUAUUCAGACUAUGCCCUAGAAAUUCAGUAUUAGAAGCCAGUAAGGCAUUUCUGUCUCAGGUAUCUCUUACUCCUGGUAAAAUUGUGUAUGUUUGUGAGGCAGUUGUUUGUGUUUGUGGGGCAGUUCCUUUAUGGUCUGGGAUCCAGCCCACACUCAUCAGCAAACUGCUGUUUUGUUGGUGCUGGGCCACAUUUCCAAGGAGCUGUAAAGUUAGAAUUCAGGGUGUCGUUUGGAGCAGCGACCUGAGGCAGAAGCAACUGUGUGUAAAUCAUGGCAGAUGUCUAUCAAACAAAUUCUUUGAUCAGAGGGAGGGAGGGAUGGAGACACCACAGCCUCUAUAGAUGACCUCUUCAAGUUCUUCACUUUCCUUACAAUUAGAAAGGCUUCCUAUCCUGGAUCCCAAGGAAUUGGAGGACAGUUCACUCCCUUUCUCCUUAAAAAGCACUUUUUGCAUAAGUUUGAAGACUACUGCUCUUGUUUCCCUGCUCAGCCACCUUCUCUGUACUGACUGGCUCUAGCUCACUCAGCCUUUUCCUGCAGGCUGUUUUUUCUGGACCUCUUGUAGCUUUUUCUUAGCUCUCCUGACCCAGCCAUGCCUUCCCUGGUGUGAGUGCUCAGCACUGCAUGUGGAGUGCUGGCUGUGGCUUUGCAGAAAGCUUUUUUUCUUUCCCUGACCUUGUGGGUUACAUUCCCAUUUACGCAUCCCAGUAGGAUGUUUGCCUUUCGGUGUGUGUGUGACAGUGGGAGGCUGUUUGUGCUUGGCUUGCAAUCCACAGGCUCCUCUCCUGCAGAUUUGCUGUCUAGCAAGUUGUUUCUCCGCUAUGUGUUCAGGUUGUUGAUUUUCCUAUCUAAUUGUAGCACAUUUUACAUGGGUCUGUUGAACAGCCUUCUACACUAGUUGGCUAAGGAUCCCCCUGUCUGUUUUUCUCAUCGCUUCUUGAUGACACUUUAACUCCUGGACCAAUUUCAGCUUGUUUUAAUGGAGAAGUAGAUGUUCCUUGGACAUUAAGGUCCUACAAGUUUCAUGAAAAAUUGAUAGCUGGAUGAAGGAGAGAGCCCAGGCUAGUGGUCCCACCAAGGAAAGGCUGCAAUUCGAGUGUGGUAGUUAUGUCUGCUGUCCUGGACAGCCCUGAGCCAGCCAGACAUUUGCUGCCUGGGGCCCAGCUCAUGAUUGGGGAAUAUAAGAAGGAGAUGUAGGUAUGCUAGUGGUUAGAAAGUAGAAACUGUUUUUGACCAUAAGCCAAGAAUAAUUAUUCUCUGCACAGAGUUUAUCUACCAGUAUUGUGCUCUCCCUCUGAACUUUCAUCUGGAUUGUUUUCUUAUCUUGCUCACAGAAGUGCCUCAGGAGCCUACUUCAGAAGCCUAAAUCAAGACUUGCUAAAGUCAAGUUUGUAUGAUGUCUAUUGUUUAUCCCUUCCCACAAGGCCUGCUACCUUGUUGCAGAGGAGAAUUAGAUUGGUUUGACAUGGUUUUGACAAAAAAAAAAAAAAAAAAAAAAAAGGAGGCUAUUUCUGUUUUUCUUGCUUUCUUCUAGGUAAUUGCAAGUACUUUCUUUGUCCCCAUGUGUCUCUGAGAACUGCAGUAAAGCAGAUGUGGGCGUUUAGUUUCCCAUUUCUUUUUAAAAAGAGUUUGUGCUUUUCUUGUCACUUGGUGUCUCACGCCUCCUCAGGUGCUACCACAGCUAACCACCAGCAAGGCAGAUGGCUUGACAGCCUGCUCUUUCAGUGCCUCGGGACAAAUCUCAUUGGGACCAGUCUUUUUCUGAAAAAUUUAGCUCAUUUAAGCCCUUGCCAUUAGUAAGGGAGUGUUGGGGUGGCAGCAUGGGGGAGCCCCGCUGCAGCAGUUACUUGGACAGGGCAGCUGCUGUAAGCAGCAUGAGCCCCGGGUGUGAUAGUGCUGGGCUUGGGGCAUCCCUAACUCUGCCCCCUCAGCCCUCCAUUGCCAGUCUGUGGAGGAGUCUCUGCUGGCAUCAGAUAUUUGUGUAAAAAGUUGUAGAUGCUACAGAUUUAGGAGAUGGUGCAUCUGGUGGAUCAGGGGAAGAAGGCGGGCAGAAAGAGGGGAGGGCUCUCGAAAAGUGGGAUGCUUUCUUCUUUUCCUUUUCUGCUCUGUUUUUGCUCAGCUAGCCAGAGGCCUACCUAAGUAGCAAGUUUCCAUUCAUGCAGGUUGAGAGGUUUCAGUUUAAGCUCAUAAAGCGUGCCUGGAGCUUUGAUGAAAGGGUCUGACAGAGGAAUGUGUGUGUUUUUUCACUGGCACCCCUCCCCCCCCCCCUUUUUUCUCUUUCCCUCUGGCUUUGCUGGGUUGCAGUCAAACCUUUCAGCUAUAAUUUUUAAGAUGCAUUUUUUCCAGCAGUGAACUUGGAAAGAGUUUUAACUUAUCACAGCAAAAGCUGCAAAACAGUCCUAUUUUUAAAGAGAACAUUUCACUUGGCUGAGGUAAAUACAUGAGAAGGAGAGAGAGAGAGAGAGAGUGUGUGUGUGUGUGUGUGUGUGUGUGUGUGUGUGUGUGUGUGUGUUGGGUCAGGAGGAGGGUGCUGAUUUUGCUCCCAGGGCUCUUGGCCACCUUUAUCCUUCCCCAUCACCACCUUUUUCCAAGUCCAGGCUCUGAUGUAAAUUAGAGCAGCUGAUAAAAUAUACAGUUAGCUGUAAUAGCCCCAAGAGGAAUAAUAGUGCAAAAGCCUAGGCCCUGCAACACAGCAGUGCUCCUGUUGCAUCACCUCCCCCAGAUAUCCCCUUGCCACAGGAAUUUCCUGCAUUAGGGGCAGCAUGUGGUGGGAAGACCCAGAGUCCUUCUGGUCCUUUUCAAUACUUUGAAGAAGCAUAAAGGAGCUACAUGGCAAUGCAGAUUGGGUCCAAGAGGAAUUAAUCAGCUGCAAAGUGCUUGCAAGCAGCUAUAGAAAUAUCAGAGCUGUGUUGUGCUGGAAACUUUGCGUCUGGGAGGUUGCUUGUUGCUGUGCUGUCAGGGAUCAAUAUGGAGCUUUCUCCAGUCAGGGAGUCCUCGUUUCUCAAACGGGUCUGAAGUGAAGUUGUGGAAAUCAUAGUGCAAGGGGAGAGAACCACUUUCUCUCAAACAAGGCAAUGCAAACCUGCAGCUUGGCAGACUUUCCCCAUUCAAAACAUAGAUGAUGUGAGGGCAGGCCAGUGGGGAAUAAAACCAUUGCAUUGCCUGCCUGGAAGGUUUCUAUGACACAUGCCUUUGGGCAGGAGCAAGGCCAGUGUUUAACGCCUGCAUGUGCAGCUCAUGCAGCACGCAAUGGCACAAAUGGUCACAGAGGGAUGAAUGACUCUAAGCUGAAUGUGGGUGCACUGAGGACCUUUUGCUGUGAGACUACUCUAGCCCUUGAGGGGUGAGGAGUUAGUGGCUGCAAGAACAAUGGGAAGCACCUUGCAAGCAAGAAGAUGCUUCAAAUCCUCUUGCAGCUAUUGGCUGGGGAUUUGCUGCCCGGCCCUGCUCCCUGGCAGCAGAGGCCAUUGCAGCAGCAUGGUUUCUUGGUAUUGCCAGGGGAAGGUUAGUGUGGAAGGUUUCCAGGCUUUCAAGAACUACUUGCAAACAAAUGACUUGCAGUUCUCCUGGCAUGUCCCCCUCUCCAGCAACAUCUUUAUUCCUUCCUAUUAACUCUGAGUUGGUUCUGAAAUUUGACAUUUAGUUUUUUUUCCUGUGAUAAAAUAUUUAAAAACUACAAAUAAAAGAUGCAGUUUUGA